GCCGCGCCAUGGCUGCGCCGCGCCGCGCGUGGCUCGUCUUCGGCUUCAGCACCGAGGAGGCGGCGGGGGGCCCGGAGCCGGGCCCGGAGCCGCGGCGCCUGGACUCGGGCCCCGAGGGCAUCCGCCGCGUGUGGCCGGCCUGGAGCUACGUGGUCCUGGAGACCGGCACGGGCGCGCUGGAGGUGCGCGGCGGCGGCGGCGCGGGGCGGCGGCUGCCGGCGGGGUGCACCGAGGCGCUGCCGUCGGAGACGCACGUGGUGCUGCGGCGGGCGGCGGCGGCCGAGGCCUGGCCGCGGGCGGCGGCGCUGCGGGGGGAGCUGCGGGGAGCCCCGGCCUGGCGGCGAGCGCUGCCGCCGGCCCCCGGGCCCGGCGCCGGCCCCGCGCCGCCGCCGCUGCCGCUGCUGCCCGGCGGGUUCGCGGCGCCGCGGCCGCCCUUCUUCGUGCCGCUGCCGCCUGCCCUGCGCGCCCAGCGCCUGGCGCUGGGCCACGAGCACGUCCUGGUGCUGGGCGCCGCCGGGGAGACCUACGCGUGGGGCAGCGGCAGGCACGGGCAGCUGGGGCAUGGCGUGCUGGAGCCAGAGCCGGAGCCGCGGCUGGUGGAGGCACUGGCCGGCGUGCCGAUGCGGGAGCUGGCAGCAGGCGGAUGGCAUUCGGCCAGCGUCAGCGAGACUGGUGAUCUCUACAUGUGGGGCUGGAACGAGUCCGGCCAGCUGGCCCUGCCCUCCAAAGCGCUGGCAGAAGAGCGGGCGCAGGCUGAGAGCACUGGUGCAGGAGACGCUGAGCUGGCACCUCACCGGGAGCAGCCGGGUGCCGACUUCAUUUCCAUCCAGGCCUUCCCAGCUUUGCUGGAUUUCCCCCAGGACCUGGAGGUCAGCAAGAUCAGCUGUGGCUCCCGGCACACAGCCGCUGUCACACGAGGCGGCGAGCUCUACACCUGGGGCUGGGGUAAAUAUGGACAGCUGGGCCAUGGAGACAACGCCAGUUCUGACCAGCAGCAGCGUGUAGACUACCUCACUGCCCAGGGGCUGCAUGCUGAGGAUGUAGUCUGUGGGCCCUGGACCACCUAUGUGUGCGUACUGGAGCCGUGAGGCUGCUGCUCCUGGGAAGCAGCCCAUACAGUGACUGCUGCAGGCACAAGGGUGGAAGAUGACAGUGCCGUGCUGCCCUGCUGUCACAAGCAGCCCUAGUGGCUGCUCUGCCCUCUUCACUAUGAGGCUGAACAGUCUUCACAGAGGGCGAUGACAGAGCUGGGUCUAGCACCACACUGAACUCACAACAGGGGGGAAAAUGGUCCCUGACUCAGCCUCUACGCUACUGCUGAAGAACACAGAGGGAAGAAAUUAGUUUAUUUAUUAUAUUUCCUUUUUCAUAA